AUGAGUUCUCGUGGCCCUAUGAGACUUUCAAAAGCUUAUCCUCAUCCUCAACAACAGCAGCAGCAACAGCAACAGCCACCACAACUGCCACCACUACCACCACAACAGCAACAACAGCAACAACAGCAACAAACUAAUCAAUUCUAUCAACCUACAAAUCCUAAUUCUCAACCAGCACCUAUGAAUUAUGGAGGCGAUUUUUCAAUACCUCAAGGACAAAUACCGUCACAUUAUGGUGGCGAUUUUCCAAUACCUCAAGGACAAAUGCCGUCACAUUAUGGUGGCGAUUUCCCUACUCCUCAAGGAUCAAUGCCUUCACACUAUGGAGGUGAUUACAAUGUCCCUCAACCACAAUCUAUGCCAUCGAAUAAUGGCUUCUUUUCACCACAAACAGCUUUCUAUGCUCCACCAUCUCAACAAAUGUCUGGUAAUCAAGCUAUGCCUGGAAUGGAAUAUCUUUCGAAUAAUCCUCUUUUUAAUGUUGGUUUAAAUGUUGUUGAACAAGGUAUGAAAGAUUUUACUGGCAAAACUGUUAACAUGUUACCAAAUGAGAUGAAAAAAUCUAUAUCGUCAAUAAAAUAUUAUUUUGCUGUUGAUCAAACUUAUGUUUUGAAAAAACUUUGCUUACUAUUAUUUCCUUUUCGACCAAGAAAUUGGUCACUAGCAUAUAGUGCUGAUGAGCCCGUACCACCACGUGUUGAUACAAAUGCACCUGAUUAUUAUAUCCCAUUAAUGAGUGCUAUAACAUACGUGCUCGUAGCUGGUCUUGUUCUUGGUACACAGAAUAAAUUUACACCUGAACAAUUGGGUAUGCAUGCAUCAUCUGUUCUUGUAUGGAAUAUAAUUGAAAUUUGUAUUCUAUCCUUCACAUUUUACAUUUUUAAUGUUCAAUCGAAAUUACGUACACUUGACUUAAUCGCUUAUUGUGGUUAUAAAUAUGUUGGAAUGAUUGCUGUAUUAUCAUCAUUUCUAAUUACAAAUUCAUUAUUCGUUUAUAGUUGUGCUUUGUUUUAUGUUAGUCUAUCAUUAUCUUAUUUUCUUGUUAAAUGUCUUCGUUUACAAAUUCUACCUGACACUGGUGGAUCUCAAUCGUAUGGUUCUGGUGGAAGUAAACGUCGAAUAUAUUUACUUCUUCUCAUUGUUAUUCUUCAACCGUUAUUUAUUUGGUAUUUAACUCGACAUUUGAUUGUUCAAUAA